AUCAGAGGGCAAGUACAUGUUUUUCCAACAUAGUGAAUGGCCGCUGUGCACAGGAGCUUCCUGGUAGGUUCACCAAAAGGCAGUGCUGCUGUGAGUCUGGCCGGUGCUGGGCCAUCAGAUCUGUUCCAGACAUGUGUCCUGUCAGAGGAUCUGAUGAACACCACAGACUUUGUGUGGAUGGCGCUUCUGCUGGAGGUGGUUCCAGAGGUGGUGGGACAGGAGGAAACGGGUUCCUUCCUGCUGGGAAUGGCAAUGGCUAUGGCUACGGCCCAGGAGGAGCAGGAUUCAUUCCCAUCCCUAGAAGCAAUGGUUUCUCCCCAGGUGUAGGUGGAGCAGGAGUAGGGACUGGUGGUCGAAGUCCCACUGGAAAUGGCCCAGUAAUUACAGGGCUAACAAUACUCAAUCAGACAAUAGUCAUCUGUAAGCACCAUCCCAACCUUUGUUUGAAUGGACGUUGUGUACCAACCCUCUCUAGUUACCGAUGUGAAUGCAACAUGGGGUAUAAGCAGGAUGCAAAUGGGGAUUGUGUUGAUGUUGAUGAAUGCACAUCAAACCCAUGCUCUAAUGGAGAAUGUGUCAACACACCUGGUUCCUAUUACUGCAAGUGCCAUGCAGGUUUCCAGAGGACUCCUACCAAGCAAGCUUGCAUCGAUAUAGAUGAGUGCAUCCAGAAUGGUGUUCUUUGUAAAAAUGGCCGGUGUGUAAACACUGAUGGAAGUUUCCAGUGUAUUUGCAAUGCUGGGUUUGAACUGACUACAGAUGGAAAAAAUUGUGUGGACCACGAUGAGUGUACCACUACGAACAUGUGUUUAAAUGGGAUGUGCAUAAAUGAAGAUGGGAGUUUCAAAUGCAUCUGCAAACCAGGAUUUAUUCUGUCUCCAAACGGACGUUACUGUACUGAUAUUGAUGAAUGUCAGACAUCAGGAAUUUGCAUGAAUGGUCAUUGCAUAAAUACUGAAGGAUCCUUUCAGUGUGAGUGUCCACCUGGCUUGGCUGUUGGAGUUGAUGGUCGUGUGUGUGUAGAUAUUAAUGAGUGUGCAUUGGAUCCUGAUAUUUGCUCCAAUGGAAUUUGUGAAAACUUACGUGGCAGCUAUCGUUGUAACUGUAACAGUGGCUAUGAGCCUGAUCCUUCUGGAAGGAAUUGUGUGGACAUUGAUGAAUGUUCAGUGAAUGGGCUGCUGUGUGAUAACGGACUCUGUCGAAACACUCCUGGGAGUUACAGCUGCACUUGUCCAAAGGGUUAUGUGUUCAGCACUGAGACAGACACAUGUGAAG